AUUUGUCAAUGUGAUUUGUGACCACGUGACCCUUACAAGCGAAAAAAGACAUCUGGUCGCCAUUGGUUGAGAUGAUAAACAUAACAUACACUAUCGCUCAUCGGUUGCUCCAUCAUGAGAAGUCUCUUGCGAUUUUCUUCUGUUAGGCUAACUUAAAAUGUCUAGCCCUUCACGCCAAAUAUCAAACCGGCGGCUACCGCCACUUCCUAACAGUACAAGAAGCAGUCCCAUUAGAAGGAUUCCUAGCGGCGGUAGUGUAAAAGGUGGCAGUGCUUCUUCGACAAGUUCGCGGCAUGGAGGUCCGGUUAGCAACCACCACACGAACCAGGUCAACAACCAUGGACACUAUGAUUUAAACGUGCCGUUUAACGAUGGACCUUUCAGACCUGCCCUCAUUCAAGGCAAAGCAAUUGAAAGACCGUCUCACGAUUCGCAUGAAACUCACGUCGACAACGAAACCGUUCGAACGUAUCUUCAAUCGAAUCCGAUGUUUUUGGACGAGUUUGUUAUGAAACAUGUUGAUCAAGACAGGCUAGAGAGAUGGCUUAUUAGAAAAACAAGGAAACUUAAGCAGAAAGGACGAAUACCAAACGAUCAUCAAGAGAAUACCAGACAGAAUGGCACACGGGGGCCCCUUCAUCACCGGGCUUCUCUGUCAAAGUGGAAGUUUUGUGUACACAGCGAUAAGAAGAAAAUGCUACAAGAACUUACUCAUGAUAUCCACACCCAGCCAAACAAGCAAAAAGUUCUUCUUGAAUUGGCCAAUUGUAUAGCGUCAGCAUGCCAUGCAGAUGGUUUUGUACUUUACCUGGUAGAUUCAAAUGGCCAGGAUCUGUAUAUCCACAAUCCAAACUUGCCUGAAGGAAAAACCUCUGCAGCCAUCAAAAUACAAGAAAAGACAACCAUUGCUGCAUAUGUGGCACAUACAUUGAAACCAGUCCGCACCAAUGAUAUCUUUGGGGAUGAAAGAUUCCCUCAAGGAAUAGGAGUUGAUGGUACAACAGCACAGUCUGUUUUGUGUCAGCCAAUUGUGCAGUCAAAUGGGGAUCUUGUAGGAACAAUUGAACUGACGCGGACAGUUGGCCGUGAUCCGUUUGACGAAGAAGAUGAAGAGAUCGUCAACAGCUACUUAGUAUGGGGAGGAAUAUCCUUGUAUUACGCUGAGAUGUACCACCACAUGCACAAACACCGAAAACUCACCGAGUUUCUUCUUAAUGUCACAAGAUCGAUUUUCCAAGAUAUUGUCAGCAUGGAUACCGUCAUCAUGAAAAUUAUGAAUUACGCUCAAACACUGGUGGACGCUGACAGGACAUCGCUUUUCUUGGUUGAUAACAAAACUAACGAAUUAUAUGCUAGAAUAUUUGACAUCGGUGGCAGCCUAGAGGACAGCAAGUCCUCCAAGUUACAGAAAGAAAUAAGAUUCCCCAAGACAAAGGGUGUGGCUGGUUACGUCGCUACGACAGGCGAAACACUUAACAUCACAGAUGCUUAUCAUGACGAGAGAUUCAACAGGGAAAUUGACAUUCAGACUGGUUAUACAACACGUACUCUUCUUUGUAUGCCAAUCUUCAUCAGAGGAAGUAUUAUUGGUGUCGUUCAGAUGGUCAACAAAAAAUCAGGUGUAUUCACUGCUUCAGAUGAGAAAUCUUUUCAAACUUUUGCAAUUUAUUGUGGACUUGCACUCCAUCAUGCAAAGCUCUAUGACAAGAUUAGGAGAUCUGAACAAAAACAUCGGGUUGCUUUGGAAGUCUUGUCCUAUCACAGUAAAUGCUCUGAAAAUGAAGUGAAAUCGUUGAAAGAUCUUGACACCAUGGAUCCUUUCCCUAAACUAGAAUCGUAUGACUUUGAUUCGUACAGUCUCGAAAAUCAAAUGAUGCCGAAACUUGUUAUUGACAUGACCAGAAACCUGUUUUCAUUGUCCAGGUCGCAGAAAACAUGGGUUUCAGCUCUGCGGUUUGAUAAUGAUGAAUUGUAUCGUUUCGUGUUGACUGUACGCAAAAACUACCGUCGUGUACCUUAUCAUAACUGGACGCACGCGUUUGCUGUUGCUCACUGUAUGUACCUGGUCAUACGAUCUGGACACAACAAUUUCUCAGGGCUAGAGGCCCUUGCGAUGUUUUUCGCAUGUCUUUGUCAUGAUCUGGACCACCGUGGUCGAACCAAUUCGUGGAUGAAAAACGAAGGCACCCCCCUGGCUGCAGUGUAUAGUACUUCUACCAUGGAACAUCACCAUUUUAAUCAAACUAUUACCAUACUGCAGCAUGAAGGACACAAUAUAUUUUCUCAUCUCAACUCCACCGAGUACAAGGCAGUCCUUGGCUUCAUGAAAGAAUGUAUUCUUGCUACAGAUCUGGCGCUGUUCUUUGGAAACAAAGCCAAGCUUAAAGAUCUGGUAGACAAAGGAACAUUUUCAUGGGAGGAUCAAGAACACAGGCGUCUUCUAAGAGCAAUCUGUAUGACUGGAUGUGACUUAUCUGCCUGUACAAAACCAUGGAAUAUCCAGUAUGAGAUUGUCAAGGUCAUUUACCAGGAAUUCUACGCUGAGGGUGAUUUAGAAAAAGCUCAAGGAAAGCAACCAAUCCCUAUGAAGGACCGCAGCACAGCAUUAGAAGUCCCUGCACAUCAGGUUGGUUUCUUGGUAGGGAUUUGUUUACCAUGUUACGAGCUGCUUGCUAAGAUCAUCCCAGGAACAAAAUGUCUUGUUGAAGGCGGAAAGAAAAAUCUGCGACUUUGGUCAGAACGGGUUUCCAAACAAAAAGAAGAAGCAAAGAACAAAGGAGAGGGUAGUGACGAUGAAACCAAGCAGUCUGAUACAGACAGCAAGGAUGAAAAAGCCGCAACUCCAACCAGCGAAAAAGAAGAGAAUAAAGAAAAAGCAGAAGAAGAAAAGCGGGAGAAAGAAGAAGAAAAACAAACAGAAGAUAAUAGGAAAAAUAGCGUGCAAUCAGUCGAUGAGAAUCCAACUGACCAAAAUAUAUCAGAUAGCGGUGAAAACCCAUCGCAAGACGACGCUGCCUCGCCUACUGAUGCAAAGAAGAAUUCCGCAAAUAGUAAGCUAUCGAGCAGGUAGAGACUACACUACACCUUUUUUAAGUUUCAGAAUGGUUGUGUUCUUGCUGUUGCUCGCUGGAUCGAAUCAACGAUUGAGAGAACUGACAAAAUACUGUAUUGCAUUUUAUGGUUUUAAAGAGUUCUAUAUAUAGAAAAAGAUUUUAUGUUAUACUUAACCGCGAUAUUGAUAUUUGUACAAAGAAAAUGAAUGACAGGAAUUGAAUCGAUAAUAUAUAUUACAAGAUGAAAUAGAGAACUUUAUGAUUAUACAAGUCCCGGAUCGGUUUGAUUUGAAUGAAGACGAGGAUCUAUAUUAUAUAUAUAUAUACCAGCGGAGCCGGCUUUGCAAACCUUUAUUUUUCAGGCAAUUCCUUUUUUUCAGGAGUUGCUGAGAAGUUGCUAGUAGGUGUUUUAGAACUGGAGACACGUGUUAGGAGUCGUAUGCCACUUUUCUCUUUAUCUCAUUUUAAGUUYAAGAUUAUAAAAAUAAAGCUUACAAGUGCGUCAAAACAAACAACAACAAUGCUCACCAAAUCAGUGAUGACUGGAAUGAUUAGUCUAUCAUAGCAGAUAAGUUUAUACUUAUAUGAUUAUUAUACUCUUGAUUGAAGUCUGACAUAACAUUAUUUGUAAAUUAUGUGAAGUCUUUCUAAUUUAUUUAAUCAAGUGAGGAUCUAUCCCUGCAUUUUUGAGGUCAGAAAAGUUACUAUGCCUACCCUCUGGCUUAGUCUUCACUGUGUAAAAAAACUUGACUACUUCCCUGUAACAAUACAAUUACGCAGAAAUUACGUCUUCCUCACAUGGGAAUUGUAUAAUAUUUAAUAAAUAUUUAUUAUUACUCGGGACAUAGUCCCAAAAUAGAUGAUUAAUUCACGGGAAAAUAUUCAGAUUAUUACAUGUACAUAUUAUAUGCAAUUAUUGUAGAGUAGAACUCACGUCAGGGGUACAUGUUCGACACACAUUUGAGCAGUUUUUCAUUAUUUUUGUUGCACAUGUUGCACGGGAUAUUACAUGUAAAAUGCUUGAAUAAGAGUCAAUUAGUCAAACCUGAACACUGAUGAAAUUAUUAUCUUAAUUUUCGACCUGUGCUUUAAAUCGGUAAAAAAUGUGCUGCUCUGUUGAUUCGACUUCUGUUAAUAUCGAUGAAGACUUUUUAAGUUGCUCAGAAAUUCUCAUAUCCGUGUCAUGCACACUUGCACAAUAGCAAUAUAAACACUUUUCCAAAAAUGGCUGCUGCUGCAACGGCAAAAUGACGUGAAUUCCACUGAUUACAUGUAAAGAUCUAUUCGUACGGAUUUUUAUUGGACUAGAUUUUUAAACCAUUUCUGAGCAUGAAGCAUAAUCUUUUAGCAUCAGGAUAAUUUUGUCUUCUGAAAAUAGUCACCGCAACCAUUUUUGGAGAAGGGUAGAUCUAUGUCAUUUAAUGUCUGCAAUUAAUUAAUAAUAAUGUAAACUGCAUGAAUAUGAAUAAAAAUAAAGUUACACUGUUGACUUGUA